GACGGGCUGCUGACGCCCAGGGAGUCUGCCAGGUUCGUCGCGGAGAACAGCCGGGACGUGCGCGUGGACGGCGGGGGCGUGCGCAGGGUGGCCGAGCUGCUGCUGGCCGCGGCCUCGGGGGCGGCGCUGCGGGCGGCCGCGUGGAAGGCCCGUCACGAGCUGCACCCCAGGGCGGCCGACGAGGCGGCGGUCAACUGGGUGUUCGUGACAGACACGCUCAACUUCUCCUUCUGGUCGGAGCGGGACGAGCACGGCUGUGCGGUGGGGUACGGGGGCGGCACGUACACCGGGUACUGGGCCCUGUGCGCCGCGCUCAACAGAGCCCUCGACGAAGGGAUACCAAUAACUAGUGCCCGGUACUAUGCCACAGUGACCCUGGAUCAGGUUCGGCACAUACUCCGUUCUGACACAGACGUUUCCAUGCCUUUGAUAGAAGAGAGGCAUCGCAUUCUCAAUGAAACCGGGAAAAUUCUGUUGGAGAAGUUUGGGGGCUCUUUUCUUAAUUGUGUCCGAAAAAGUGAAAAAAGUGCACAGAAGUUAAUGCACCUGGUCGUGGAAAGUUUUCCUUCUUACCGAGAUGUGACUCAGUUUGAGGGGAAAAGAAUUUCUUUUUAUAAACGAGCCCAAAUCCUUGUGGCAGAUACAUGGAGCGUAUUAGAAGGAAAAGGGGAUGGUUGCUUUAAGGACAUCUCCAGUAUCACCAUGUUUGCUGACUAUAGAUUACCUCAGGUGCUUGUUUACCUUGGAGCCCUGAAAUACUCUGACGAACUACUGAAGAAGCUUCUCAAAGGAGAAAUGCUCUCAUAUGGGGAUAAGCAAGAGGUGGAAAUAAGAGGGUGCUCACUUUGGUGUGUUGAGCUGAUCCGGGAUUGUCUUCUGGAGCUUAUUGAAAAAAAGGGUAAAAAGUCUGAUGGAGAGAUCAAUUCCAUUCUUCUGGAUUAUUACUUAUGGGACUAUGCCCGUGACCAUAGGGAAGAGAUGAAAGGAAUUCCAUUUCAUCGCACACGUUGUAUUUACUAUUGACCCCAAGUGUAAACUGACUCACAGAAGACCCCCUGAAUUUUUAUUUCAUAUAAUCAUUUGUACAGUUUUGCUUUAAUAUUAAGAGAAGAUGGUAGAGAUUACACGAACAAGGAAAUUGAUUACUUAGUCUCACUUUAAAAUUUUUCUCCUGACAUCACUGUGUAUUCCCAACUUUAUAUUAUGUCUGCUUAUUUGGUUUUGACUAUAUUUUCCUUUUCUGUGGACACAUAGUUGACAGAAAUGAUGAAGGAACUUCAAUAUUUUCUUUAAAUCUCAGAUUUCUUAAAAUUAAUCAUGCUUUAUAAUGUGAUUAAUCUUCAAUGAUAAUAUUUUAUCUAUUAAAUUAACAUCUUUUCUAAAGGUGUAGUAAUCUUCUGCAUACCUUAAUCAUUUGCUAUAAAAGAAUGUAGAGUCUUUUAUGUAUGCAUGCUUUUUCACUUAUAAAAAGCAAUCUCGACACCUUAAGCUUUUAUUGGUAAUGAUAAUGAGUUUUGUAUGUCAUGAUUUUCAGUUUUUUUUUCAGAGUAACUACAUUGGAAUUAAAUAAAGCCUUUUAAAACUUUUCUUAAA